AUGUCGAACACUCCCGACAGCAAGGAGAUUCCAUCUCUUGCCAGUGACCUCAAGGCCGAAAGCUACCAUGUCAGCGGCAAGGAUGUCAGCACUCAGCAUAUCGAGGCCAGAAACGCCACGGACCGUGAGCACGGCCUGACUGUACGGAACGCGCUCCGCCUCUAUCCCAAGGCCAUCGUCUACUCGCUGGUGUUCUCGACCGCCAUCAUCAUGGAGGGUUACGACAUAACCCUUCUGCCUUCCUUCUUUGGUUACACUGCCUUCCAGGAGAAGUUUGGCGACCAGCCCGGUCCUAACGGUGUUGGCCGUGUCAUUUCGGCUGACUGGCAAACCAAGAUCCAGAACGCCGGCCUGGCAGGUCAGAUCCUUGGUCUCAUCAUCAAUGGCUGGGUUUCCGAUAUCUUCGGCUACCGCAAGACUAUGCUGGCUGCCCAGUUCUGGAUGGUCGGUGGUCUCUUCAUCCCCUUCUUCGCCAACAACCUCGAGACGCUCCUUGCCGGUAACAUUGUCCUCGGUAUGCCCUGGGGUAUCUUCCAGACCCUCAGUGUCACCUACGCCUCCGACAUGGCCCCCGUCGUCCUCCGUCCUUACUUGACUACCUACAUCAAUCUUUGCUGGGUCAUCGGUCAGAUCCUUGCGAGCGGUAUCCUCAAGGGUCUUCUCAACAUCCCCAACGAGUGGUCGUACAAGAUCCCCUUUGCCCUGCAGUGGGUGUGGCCCCCGUUGCUCAUCGUCGGCACCUUCCUGGCCCCCGAGUCUCCUUGGUGGCUCGUCCGCAAGGACCGGCUCGAGGACGCGCGCAAGGCCCUGAUCAAGAUGACUAGCCGCGACUCGGGCGUCGACUUCAACCCUGACGAGCAGCUCGCUCUGAUCCAGGCUACCGACCGCCUCGAGAGGGCUCAGUCCGAGGGCACCAACUACUGGCACUGCUUCCAGGGCACCAACUUGCGCCGCACCGAGAUUGCCUGUGUCUCCUACGUCGCCCAGGCCCUGUGCGGCACCGCACUCAUGGGCUACUCUGUGCAGUUCUACCAGCGCGCGGGUCUCUCCACCGAGGAUGCCUUCAGCUUCACCAUCGGCCAGUUCUGUAUGGGCUUCGUCGGCACCGUCGCCUCGUGGUUCCUCAUGGGCCGCUGGGGCCGCCGCCCGAUCUACCUCGCCGGUGUGGCUGGCCUGCUCAUCUGCCUCGUCAUCGUCGGCGGCCUGGGCUUUGCGGACCAGAGCCAGAAGGGCCCGGCCUUCGCCACGGGCACCCUCUUGCUCGUCUACACGCUCAUCUACGACCUGACCAUCGGCCCGCUGUGCUACUCGAUCGUCGCCGAGAUCCCCUCGACGCGGCACAAGAUCAAGACGGUCGUCAUGGCCCGCGGCCUCAGCAACUGCAUGGGCUUUGUCAACAACGUCCUCAUGCCCAAUAUGCUCGGCGUCAACGCCUGGAACUGGGGCGCCAAGACGGGCCUCUUCUGGGCCGGGCUCUGCCUGCUCAUCCUCGUCUGGGCCUACUUCCGCCUCCCCGAGCCCAUGGGCCGCACCUACGGCGAGCUCGACAUCCUCUUUGAGAAGCGCGUCUCUGCGCGCAAGUUUGCCAGCACCCACGUCGACCAGUUUGCCGAGUCUGAGGACGAGAAGAUCCACCAGUAG